GAGCACCAAGGGGAGACCUGGCCCUGUCCGCCCGAGUCCUGCGGCCCCACUGAAUGGCCAGUCCCUGGGGACUCCGCCGCUGACAGGAGGCGCAGCCCCACUCCCGCCUCCCCGGGAGCUGCCUCCGAGCCCACUCCCGCCCGUGUCCACUCAGACACAGACGAGCGAGCGGUGAGCGCCCCACGCUGCCUUCUCCUGGUGCGGGGCCCGCAGCGCUCCUGCCACCGGGACGAAGGUAUCCGGUGCGUCCUGCCAGCGUACAGCAGGGCGGGCAGGAGCCCACCGGGCCGGCUGGGACACCGCUCUUCCCUCCAGAGAACACGGGCGCGCCCGUCCGCGGCCAUAGGUACACUGUGGGUGUGGCGGCGGCCCGGCUCGCCCCGCCCCGACUCCUCCCCGCUGGGGUCCUCACCGUCUUCUGCGCCUGCCCCCGGAGCUCUGGGCUGUGAAGGGAAUGGCGCUUGUCUUCGAUUGAGGAGUUGGGUCGCAGCGGGGGAGUGGGAGCCGAUAUGGAGGAGGACCCAGACCUGGAGAGGAAGGCUGUGGAAGAGUUACUUAAAGAGGCAAAACGUGGGAGAACCAGAGCUGAGACAAUGGGAGCUAUGGGUUGGUUGAAAUGUCCUCUUGCUGGUACAAAUAAAAGAUUCCUUAUUAAUACCAUCAAAAACACAUUACCAUCUCAAAAAGAACAAGACCAAGAACGUGAGCAAAAGGAAGACAGUAAAGAGCCUGAGCCGAACAAAAGCAGGAGAGAAGAAAAACCAAAGAAACGCAGAAUUCACCCAUACACACCCAGUUUUCAGUCCAGAAGGAGAGUCAGCUACUCUCCUCCAAGGCACCAGAGCAGGAAUCAGCACACAAAGGAUAAGCAUGAAAAGCGAUCAAGCAAGCGAUGAGGAGAAUGAUGAAUAUGUGUUGUUACAAGCCAGGAAUAUCAUUAAGUGUCGGACUGCAGGGAUGUCUCAGUUUUUCAAGAAAAGAUACUGUUGAAAACUGAAUUUUGAACCAAGAUGCUUGUGUGAGAAGUAACCUUGAGGUAGCUUUAGAAAACAUUUCCUUGAGAUCUGUAAGAGAAAAGCAAAGUGCAGCAUAAAUCUUCAGUUUUAGAACAGACAUUCCUUUCACUUUGCUUCAUUCCUCUUUCCCUUCUGGCUAAGCUUAGAGUCUUGGUGAUGGAGUGUGGUAUUUGUGUCACUGAUAAAACUCAUUUUGCCAUGUCAGACUUUGGAAAAAAAAAAUUAAGCAGAGAUCUAUUUAGUGUGUAAAGCUGGCAGAACUUCUUUGUUCCUGACCAAUAAAGAAGUUUGCCUAUUUGAGUUAGUUUAGUUUUACAGAAUCUGGAGGGAGGGAAAGCUGAUCAGUGUCUGGCCAAGCACAUGGAUUUUUGCAUAGAAUAUAAGAGUUAAAUAGAACAAAUUUUAAAUGGGCAAUGCUUGUUUUGCUCUCCAGAAGGAGCUACCAAGAAAUACUGAUUUGCUUGUUAUUGUAUAUUCACAAACCUGUCAAAGAUCGUAAACAUUACCAGUAAAAAGCCAUAACUGCAAUAACUGUCUCUGUUGAGACUUCCCUCUGUAAAGAAAUAGUUUGAAUAGUCUGUCAUGGUGCUUUCAAAACAAACCUUGAAGUCAAAAUUAUCAUGUUCUCUGUCCACUGCUAGAAGUUUCCAAGUAAACAUGUAAUACUAGAAGUGCAGAGGUAAUACUUAAAACCAGUCAAAUUCUCACUUCCCAAGCCUGUGUGACAAUUCUGUAGUGGUACAGUUCUUAAACUUGUGACUUGGAGCACAUAUAAUACACAUCAGCAUAUUCUGUCUCACUUCUGUUUGUGUUCCAGUAACAAACUUCUGUGUGAAAUAUUUUGUAUUUCAAUAUUCUUAAAAUUAGGUGUUUUGAACAUGGGUUUUAAGUGUAUGGACAAUAAAGUGAAAAUGUUCAUUGAAAGUGCUUUUUGGAGUUAAUGCUUUUAAUGGGUUUCUGCAGUGAUAAUGGGCCUCCUCUAACGGAAAGUAAGACGAGCGCAAGUAGGACCAGCGCUGCGUGGUCCUUGUGUUGUGUCAGGGCAAGAGUGCCAUCUAUAGGCUUGUCUCUUCUUGCUGUACUUAACUGUCUCUUGGAAAGAUCACAUUAGCUAGGAGGUGGGGAGAGCAAGGCGGAGAUCUUUUGGGGCUGGAUUUUUAUGCAUGAACUGGAAAUUACUCUUCUAAAUAACAUGAAGGUAAUUAAAGUGGUGCUGAGCCCACCAGUGGCUGCCAGGGUCACAAUACCCGAUAAAGUGGGAUAUUGCAGGAGUUCUGGACAAUUUGUCUGUUUCCCUGCAGGGACUGUAGCACUAGACUAGAAGUCCCAGCUGUUCAGAAGUUUCCAACAAUUUGUGAUCGAUGAAAAAUAGUAUUUUUGGGGAUGUAGGACUAUCUUUGCUUUAAAUAAACAGAUGUUGUUUGUAGUCCUUAUUUUCCUGGACACUGGUUGUGUUUUUCAUAAUCAUUUUUUGAAGCACAGCACAUAUAAUAGUAGCUGGGCUCUGCUGCAGUGACAGGAUAGAUGUGGCUUUGCAGCAGAGUUCAUCUCACCAUUGGUCAGGAUCAGAACUAGAGGUGUUCCACAGAACAAAUCCCCAUGAAUUCUUCCUGGUUUGGCUUGUGGUGGUAAUACAGUGCCCUGAGAGCUUUCCACACUCAGACCUUCAAACACUCCUCUAGGAUAAGUGCUGCUGUUGAUUCUAUGUUGAUUUUAGCCAGGCUUUUAGGUAGGGAAGAGUAGAAUAUGCUUUUAGCAUUAGUCUUCAUGGGUGCUAGAGUGCUUCCAUCCCAGAAAUGCUCAACUAGAGGAUCUGACAUGACCUUAAGCAGAUAGCUGGAGAAAGCCUGUCUUAAUCAGUGGUGGUAAGUUCAGAUCUAAUUCUGGUUUUUCAUGACUUACAGAACAUAUCUGAAUUAUUUCUUUUUCAUUGGUUGAUUCUGUAUUUUAUUGCUGUGUUUUAUAAAUGUAUGUAAUAAAACCACAAACCUGAACUGUUCUUAAGGCAAAUGUUCACCUGCUGACCACUUUAUUUAAUAAAAAAAUGGGUUAGAAAAGCCA